UUAGGUGCCUGGGUGCCACUGACAAAACAGGGUGUACACCUAUCCCAGGAAACCAGCUCUAACCAGUGACACCAUUAGUUCGCAGGGGCAAGUCUACCAUCUCCAACAUUACCAUUACCAUUAUACCAACAGCAACAACAACCACUCAGCAUGAAGCUCCUCCUUGCUUUCGCAGCCGUGUGCCUGGUGGCGACACUUCAAGCCCGGAACCUCGACAGGCGUCAAGCCAAGCCAUGUCCAGAUGACUGUGAACAUCUACCAUUAGAGAUUGCAUUCGUGAUUGACGCGAGCGCCAGCAUCUGGCCCCAGAACUUCACCAUCGGUCUCUGGUUCGUUCAGAAUUUCGUGGACAAGUUCAACAUUGGUCAGGAUAAG